CUAGUAGUUUGUGAAGCCGAGCAAGAGCAGUGUGUGGGAGUUCCUUUUCAAAUGACCCAGAAUUUUAAAAUAAAGUCUGGUUCGUUUUCAGUCCGCAUGGUGUCACGCAAACAGAAGCGGGUGUGGAAAUACGUGGAGGAAGGCAGCGUGCUGAGGCUGAAGUCGUACCUGCGGAAGCACCGGGACCUGGAUGUGAACUUCUCCCAGGGCAAGAGGGAGAGGAGCCCGCUGCACCUGGCCUGCUGCCUGGGAGACGACGCCGUGCUGCGGCUGCUGCUGAAACACGGAGCCGAUGUUCUCCAGAGGGACCGUAAAGGGGACACGGCGUUACACGUUGCAGUCAACAGGGCUUUGAAACACGGGAAGACAGCGUAUGAUGACCUGGUUGUGCCUCUGAAAAAGAGCUGCCCAGAGGCUUUGAAUGCAUCAAACAGAGCUGGAGUUACACCUCAAGACCUGCUGAACUGGAGCAAACACACAGAGACUGCAGAGAACAUGAGCCGCCCAUCUGAGAGAGACACUGAGAAGGAGUGGAUGGAAAAGCUGUUUGAUGAAUGCGAGGAUGAAUUCUUUGAAACCUUUGGAGUAUACGAUGCUGAUGAUUUUCUCCCUGUGGACGAUGACGAGGAAGACUUUGGGGACUGGGCUGACCGUAUUAGAAAAGAAUACUUUGAUAAAAAGCACGCUGAGGCUCAAAGACUGGCGUCGUCGUCUUCUGGGCAUAGAAAAAGGAAGAGUAGACAAGAGAGAGAGCAGGAGGAGAAAAGCAACAAGGAGCUGCAUGAGAAGCUGCAGAGGGAACAUGAAGAGUAUCUGGCCCGGGCAGCACGUAAAGAGGAAGAGACUCGGCAGGGUAAGAAGCGCAGGUACGACGAGAGGUGUGCGGCUACUUUUGCUGGUGCCUCUUCAUCCGGUGGCACAAAGCUGAGCUACAGCGACAUCCCCUGGCCGGCUCCACGAGGUACAGUAGAGGAGAUGCUGGAUGUGAUGCUGCACGGCGUGGACAGGAAAGACGUUCCAGUGUUUCGUAAAAUGCUCCGGAAGCAGCAAGCGCUGUGGCAUCCUGAUAAAUUCGCUCAGCGAUGUGAAGCUCGGUUGGAGGAGAAGGACAAGCAGCGGAUCCUGGAUACAGUUACAGCGCUGUCGCAGGAGCUCAACAGACUGGCCCAGAGUCUGAGGACUUAAAACUAUGCUUGAAUAAGAGAAAAGAUUAUUCAUCCAAAACUCUGUCUUAAAUUUAUUUAAAAAAUCAUCUUGAAAAAGUCUUAAAAAGCAUUAAAUUUAAGUGUCUGAUACCUGUA